AUGAAUUCUUUAAAUCGUGAUCGAUAUUUAUAUCUCGGCGCAGCUCUGUUUUUAGCCGGCUCAGCAAUAUGCGUUCAACGCGCCAUCGCCGACAUCAUAUGUCUCAUCAAAAUCGAACCAGUAGCGCCUAUUCCCACCCCGGAGGAGAUCACCGUCAGCGGUGAAGCUGAGGGUGCCAUCAAGAUAUCAACACUUCGAAGCCUUUUGAAAUCGCCGCUGGAUAGCAUCAGUGGUUCAGCCCGCAGUAUUGUCGUCCAGCGAUGCUGUAUCGACCCAGCCAACGUACGUGGCAUUGUGUCGGAUGUCUUUUCGCCAGACAGAACGACACAUAUGAAAGCAACAGCAGCAGUAAGCUACCUGCUUGAAGCUACGGCCACCGAAAAUCUCUGGAGCGAAACAAGAACGGUCAUUCCUUAUCAAGCACACACGAUCCUCAACCGAUUGUCAACGGUUGACCGGGUCAAAUACAUCAUCAUCACCACUGAGCACGAAGCUGCAGCAGCAGAACAUGCUUUUUGGGAUGUCGUUGGCCGUGAAGUCAGAACAUGGGCGGGUCUUCGAUCACACAGGGCUCCUGUGAGAAAGGGCAUAGCCGAUGACAAUUCAGCGCCACGAGCACUCCGUCCGACUGCCCGAGCGGUCGCUGCAUCACAGUCCAGACGACAUCGGCGGCACCGUGAGGUCAUGGUACUUCAUGACGGCGAUGACGCAGUCAGCGAGCAGGACAUUUAUCAGAGACUUUAA